CCACCCUCCCCCUACCCCAACUCCUAAAACCCUAGCCUGCCACCACCCCGUCCCCUACCCGUACCCACUACCGCUUCCCUCAGUCGCUCCCCGCCACCGCUCCAAGCCGAGCGCCGAGAUGGCUUCCGCCUCGCCGUCGUGGGUCAUCCUGGGCAGCGUGCCGCGGGUGUCGGCCGCCGACGCCGACCUCCCCCAGGGCGCCGACCUCUCCCUCGCGCUGCCGGCGGCCCCCCGCGUCGCGCUCCUCACCAUCCCCCCGCGCAUCUUCCCGGGCCGCACCACCUCCAGAAGCUUCCCGUCCGUCCUCGCCGUCGACGCCUCCGGCCUCCUCCUCCUCCACGCCGACCAAGGCCCCGCCAAGGGCCCCACCGUCAUCGACCUCCCCAGCCGCCGCGAGUUCUUAUGGCUCCCGACCGUCGCGGGCUACUUCCUCCUCGACGCCAAAUCCGCCUCCGCGCUCCCGCUCCCCAACCCCGAGGACGUCAUGCACCCGGGCCACCUCGGCCUCAUCGCCUCCCCCGCCGACGCCGGCCACUACAUGGUCGCUGAGCUCCAGAUGAUCCUCGGCGGCGACCGUGCCGACCUCCUCUGCUUCUCCUCCGAAGCCGGGGAAUGGGUCACCAAGGACGUCCGCUACCCGCUUCCAUCCCGCCCCUUGAGCCCCAACGGCGUGGUCUCGCACUCCGGGAGGCUCUGGUGGGUCGACCUCUCCUGGUGCCUCCUCACGUGCGACCCCUUCGCCGACGCGCCGGCGCUCAGGGUCGUCCCGCUUCCGGAGGGCAAGGCGCUCAAGUCCAAGGAAGCUUGGGGACUGCUCGACAAGUACCGCUGCGUGGCUGUCAGCGGCGCCAAGCUGCGGUUCGUGGACAUGUACAGGAACCUUAACAGCGGCGGCUCUGUUCAGAUCAGCGUCUGGACGCUCGCUGAUCCGGACUCCACGGAGUGGACGCUGGAGUCUGAGGCCACCUUUGCGGAGAUCUGGGACGACGCGAGCUACAAGGCGACUGGCCUGCCAAGGAAGAUCCCCGUGCUUGCGCUCAUCCAUCCUACGAACCCCGACGUGGUCUACUUCUUUCUGGACGAGCACCUGUUCGGCGUGGACGUGCGUGCUCGCAAGGUUAUGGAGUGUGAGGUCUACGAGCUGGUUCAGCCACCUAGGGAACACGUCACCACCCGUUUCGUUCACGCUUGGCAGCUGCCACAAGCUCUCUGCUCAGGUUCUGCAAAGGAGACUGAAGAUGGCGUGAAAGAAGAGCUGCAGCAACUCCAGCUGUGAGACGAGAAUACGAGAUUGAGGAACGAGAACCAGAGUAAACUUCUUAACAGGUAGGGGAGUAAUACAUCAAGUUAUCAGGUGGCAAUGGCGUCUUUUGGACAGCACUCGACUCAACGAAAUUGGCAACAUGGCUGAAACAUUUUGCUUGGUUUUCUUGUUAUUAUUGUGUAAGUUCAGAUGUUAGUAGUGCGGUUUCUAUGCUUGGAUACUUGAUCCACCGUCAUGGUUCAGAACUGAAGUGAUUAUCCUUGGCAGCAAGGCAUUAAGCUCUUGUUAUGCUUCUGGCUCUUGUUAACUUUGUCAAUCCAUGCUCCUGCUUGGUUCGAAAAAAUACUUGAAAAAUGUCUUAA